GGCGGAGUUGAGUUUAGUUUCACUUCACUGAGCGUGAGAUCAUCAUGUCACAGCGUCUUCUCUCCACCUGAAGGUGUUUGUGUGCAGGUGUGUCCUCAGCUAUGAAUCAGUGUGAGCAGACUCCCUCUAAAUCCACUCUGUGUGGGGAACAUGACGGCUGGACCAAAGCUCAGAGCCCAGAACAGCAGCACCCACCUGACUCACCUGCACCUGAAUCUGAUCACAGCUGUGUGACCGUGAUGAGCGACGUGUCGAUGGAGCCUCCUCUAGCUUUUAGGAAAUCUGACGCUGGAAGGUGUUUGUGUGCAGGUGUGUCCUCAGCUAUGAAUCAGUGUGAGCAGACUCCCUCUAAAUCCACUCUGUGUGGGGAACAUGACGGCUGGACCAAAGCUCAGAGCCCAGAACAGCAGCACCCACCUGACUCACCUGCACCUGAAUCUGAUCACAGCUCUGUGACCGUGAUGAGCGACGUGUCGAUGGAGCAUCCUCUAGCUUUUAGGAUAUCUGACGCUGGAAGAGUCAACAAGGAGGACUCAGAGGUUCAGCAUCAGACACACCUGGACUCCAUACUUACGACGCUGGAGGAGAACAUUGUCACUUUUGUGAAGAGCGAGCUGAAGAAGAUCAAGAGUGUUCUGAAUCCAGAUUACCCAGAAUGCUUAGAGAGUCAGAGGGAGGAUAAGGAGGUGUUGGACGCUGAAGAUGAAGAGCAGAAGAGUAAGAGCAGAGAGGCAUUUCUAAAGAUCGCACUGCACUUCCUGAAGAGCAUGAAGCAGGAGGAGCUGGCUGACUGUCUGCAGAGCAGAUAUCCUGUUCCAGUUUGUUUCCAGCGUAAACUUAAAUCCAGCCUGAAGGAGAAGUUCCAGUGUGUGUAUGAGGGAAUCGCGAAAGCAGGAAACCCGACGCUUCUGAAUCAGAUCUACACAGAGCUCUACAUCACAGAGGGAGGGACUGCAGAGGUCAAUAAACAAAAUGAGGUCAGACAGAUUGAAACCGCAUCCAGGAAACCAGACAGAACAGAAACAACAAUCAGACAUGAAGACAUCUUUAAACCCUCACCGGGAAGAGGUCAGCAAAUCAGAACAGUGAUGACGAAGGGAGUGGCUGGCAUCGGGAAAACAGUCUUGACGCAGAAGUUCACUCUGGACUGGGCUGAAGACAAAGCCAACCAGAACAUACAGUUCACAUUUCCAUUCACUUUCAGAGAGCUGAAUGUGCUGAAAGGGAAACAGUACAGCUUGUUGGAACUUGUUCAUCAUUUCUUCAGUGAAACCAAAGAAGCAGGAAUGUGCAGGCUUGAAGAGUUCCAGGUUGUGUUCAUCUUUGACGGUCUGGAUGAGUGUCGACUUCCUCUGGACUUCGACCACAAUCAGAUCCUGACUGAUGUUACAGAGUCCACCUCGGUGGAUGUGCUGCUGACAAACCUCAUCAGGGGGAAACUGCUCCCCUCUGCUCGCCUCUGGAUAACCACACGACCUGCAGCAGCCAAUCAGAUCCCUCCUGAGUGUGUUGACAUGGUGACAGAGGUCAGAGGGUUCACUGACCAACAGAAGGAGGCAUACUUUGUGAAGAGAUUCAGGGACAAGAAGCAGGCCAGCAGAAUCAUCUCCCACAUCAAGACAUCACGAAGCCUCCACAUCAUGUGCUACAUCCCAGUCUUCUGCUGGAUCACUGCUACAGUUCUGGAGGAUGUGUUGAAGACCAGAGAGGGAGGAGAGCUGCCCAAGACCCUGACUAAGAUGUACAUCCACUUCCUGGUGGUUCAGUCCAAACGGAAGAACGUGAAGUAUGCCAGAGGAGCUCUGACGGAUCCACACUGGAAAACAGACAACAGGGAAACGAUUGAGUCUCUUGGAAAACUGGCUUUUGAGCAGCUGCAGAAAGGCAACUUGAUCUUCUAUGAAUCAGACCUGACAGAGUGUGGCAUCGAUAUCACAGAAGCCUCAUUGUACUCAGGAGUGUUCACACAGAUCUUUAUAGAGGAGAGUGGGCUGUACCAGGACAAGGUAUUCUGCUUCGUCCAUCUGAGCGUACAGGAGUUCCUGGCUGCUCUUCAUGUUCAUCAGGCAUUCAUCAACUCUGGAGUCAAUCUGCUGUCAGAACAAGCACCAUCCUCCCCAAAAUACAACUCUGCAGAACCACACUUCUAUCAGAGUGCUGUGGACAAGGCUUUACAGAGUCUAAAUGGACAUCUGGACUUGUUCCUCCGCUUCCUCCUGGGUCUGUCACUGGAGACCAAUCAGAAACUCCUGCGAGGCCUGCUGACACAGACGGGUAGUAGUUCACAGACCGGUGAGGAAACUGUCCAGUACAUCAAGAAGAGGAUCAGUGAGAAUCUGUCUGCAGAGAAAAGCAUCAAUCUGUUCCACUGUCUGAAUGAACUGAAUGAUUGUUUUCUAGUGGAGGAGAUCCAACAGUACCUGAGAUCAGGAAGUCUCUCCACAGAGAAACUAUCUCCUGCUCAGUGGUCAGCUCUGGUCUUCAUCUUACUGUCCUCAGAAAAAGAUCUGGACGUGUUUGACCUGAAGAAAUACUCGGAUUCAGAGGAGGCGCUUCUGAAGCUGCUGCCAGUGGUCGAAGCCUCCAACAAAGCUCUACUGAGUGGCUGUAACCUCUCAGAGACAAGCUGUGAAGCUCUGUCUUCAGUUCUCAGCUGUGAGUCCUCUUGUCUGAGAGAGUUGGACCUGAGUAACAACAACCUGAAGGAUGCAGGAGUGAAGCUGCUGUGUGCUGGACUAAAGAGUCCACACUGUACACUGGAACGGCUCAGGCUGUCAGGCUGUCUGAUCACAGAGGAAGGCUGUACUUCUCUGGCCUUAGCUCUGAAAUCCAACCCAUCCUGUCUGAAAGAGCUGGACCUGAGCUACAAUCAUCCAGGAGACUCGGGAGUGAAGCUGCUGUCUGAUGGACUGAAGGAUCCACACUGGAAACUGAACAUUCUCAGGGUGGAGCCUGGUGGAGUCCAAUGGUUGAGAGCAGGUCUGAAGAAAUAUUCCUGUGAACUCACAAUCGACAUAAAUACAAUAAACAGAAAGAUCAAACUGUCUGACGACACCAGGGAGGUGAUCAACGUGGAGGAGGAACAGUCAUAUCCCGAUCAUCCGGACAGAUUCGACUGGUGUCAGCUGCUGUGUACAACUGCUCUGACUGGUCGCUGUUACUGGGAGGCAGAGUGGAGGGGACAUGUUGAUAUAUCAGUGAGUUACAGAGGAAUCAACAGGAGAGGAAUCAGAUAUGACUGCAGGUUUGGAAGGAAUGAUCAGUCGUGGAGUCUGGAGUGCUCUGUGGACGGUUACCAUGUCUGGCACAACAACGCAGGAACAUCCUCCUCCUCCUCCUCCUCCUCCUCCUCCUCCUCUGUCUCUAACAGAGUAGCAGUGUAUGUGGACUGUCCUGCUGGAACUCUGUCCUUCUACAGAGUCUCCUCUGACUCACUGAUCCACCUCCACACAUACAACACCACGUUCACUGAACCUCUUUAUCCUGGAUUUGGGUUCUGGGCUGGCUGGUCUGGUUCAGUGCGUCUGUGUUCCCUGUCAGAGGAAAGUGCAGAAGCCAAGUGAAGAAAUCUGUUUUUUCUGGUGAUCGAUUUCUAAAUCUGAUCUAAAUAUUUUCCUCUGCUGUGUUUGACUUGAGAACUGGUGUGAAAAAAGUUUUGCCAGGAUAAUCUCAAUCUGUUAUAUUUUUAACUUUAUUUAAUGUGAUCUUAUUUUUUUGUUGGUAGGCAUGAAGAGUUUUAAGGAUUUAAUUCAGAGCCUUUGUUGUUGCCUAUAACAUAGAUAAAUACAGUCUAUGUAAGCUC